AACCUUUAUUUCCUACCAGCCGUUAAGCCCAAGCCGACUAAAUAAAACAAAAGCGAUGACAUUUCUACUUCUCCAUGCACCGCAGUAAACAAAAAGCCACCUGUAGGACACAAAUGCCGCUUUGUUUACGGACAGGCUGAAAGGCGUGUGGCAAGCUGCCUAGCAACGAUGCGUAUGAUGUUAAGCUUAAGGUAACCACAACAGAAAAAAUUGCCUGCGGAAAAAUUCUUCAAGCGCAAUUAAGAGAGGAAAAGUCAAUUUUAAUUUACUUUAAGAAAAUAAAUUUCGAAGUAUAGUUUUAAAAACAUUUAAAUGCAAUUAAAGUAUUUAAGAACAUUGUUAGAUGGACAGGAGCAAUUGAGUCGCAUUGCUGGCCUAGCAUGGUCUCCGAAUCACCAAAAACUGGCCAUCGCCACCGCUGAUCGAUAUAUUCUACUCUUCGACGAUGCUGGCGAACGACGCGAUAAAUUCUCGACCAAACCAUCGAACCCAGCAAACGGCAAGAACUCCUACGUCAUACGUGGACUUGCCUUCAGUCCGGAUUCAACUAAGUUGGCUGUUGGACAAAGUGACAAUAUUGUCUACGUAUAUAAGUUGGGCGAGUCAUGGAAUGAUAAAAAAGUUAUCUGCAACAAAUUUCCACAGGCAAAUGCAGUUACAGCUUUAAUUUGGUUGUCAACCGGUGCCAUAAUUGCAG